UGUUCCAGCGAAGAAAGGCCGUUUCCCCCCUUCUUCCCUUCUUCCUUCAGUUGCGAGAGAGGAGCUUUGCCCUAAACUCAAGCCGCCGCCCCCCUCUUCUUCCUUCUCUGCUCGACAUCCUUCCACCUUUUCUUCGCGAAUCUGUCUGUUACUUCCCCAAUUUCCCAGUCUUCAGCGCUGCGUGAAGUGAAAGUUUGCAGGAAGGAGAUAUGCGGUUCCGGUUAUACCUCUGUUUGAUGCUAUUUCGUUUUAAUCUCGUACUUUGCUGAAGCUGUUAGGGCAAUUGCUUGCCACUGUCUCGCAAUGGCCCAGCCUAUCGAAGAAAUUUUAAACCAUUUUUUCGGGGAGCACCAAGCAUCAAAGGUUGUCCUUGCUGGAGAUGCUGGAGCUGGGAAAACUUGGGUGGCGAGAAAGGUUUGUGAUGCUGCUUUGAAAAAGGAAUUAUCUUAUGGGUCUAUUUGGAUAGUACCAGCAGAGAACCCCGAGAAGAAACCUCUCCUUGAUACCAUUGCCUCUCAGCUGUCUCUGCUAUCUUGCGAUGAGGAGUGGGUUGACGAUGAGGAUAGUGAAGAGGUGAAGGAGAAAAAGGACAAGGAGCAAGAAGACUUGAAGACAAGGAUUCUUGACAAGCUUGAGAAAAUGAGAACUGGAAAACCUAAAAACCAAGCUCUCAAUAUUGACAGGGGGAUACAAGGGGAGACGGAGCUCGGACAUGAAGCUGCAGCAGGAAAGUUGAGAUAUCUUGUUGUGGUUCUCGAUAAUAUUACUGAGGAGGAGGAGGAGAGCAUUGUGACUGAAUUGAAAAACAUCCUUCAUUCAAGUUUUCUGAAGAUGCUUAUCAUCCGUAAAGAAUCAACAGACGGCAAUGCAGGUGCUGCCCGUGAGAGCAAAGGGGAUGCUAUUCAACCUGAUGAUACAAAGGCAAUUCGAUUGGAGCCCUUAAGUUCCAGAGAUGCAUUAAUCCUGUUGCGAGGACGGGUCAAGACUGAAGUUUCUGAGAAUCAGAUGUUAGCUAUUGCUGAGAAAGCCUUGGGUUUGCCGGCUGGAAUGAUUUUGGUAGCAGAGGCGUUAAAUCAUAUUUGCCUGGAGGAUGGGGUUCAGGCAUUUGAGUUUGCAAUGGACGAUGUAGCUAAAAUGAAAGGGGACGACAUCACAGCAGUUCUGCAGUUUGCAUACGACAUGCUGCCGGAAGGUGUCACUCGCUGCUGUUAUUGGCUUAGCAGGCAACUAUUUCUCUCUCGUGCUGCAGUUCACUUCAAUGAGCUGAUAGCUUACUGGAUACUGGAGGGUUGUUUUGACCACCACAAUCUCCUUGAGAAGGCCUACGAGGAAGGUCACUGUAUCCUUAUGGAUCUCAAGGAUCGGGGUAUGCUAAAAGGGCAUGGCAAUUAUGUGUACAUGGAGAGGGCCAUGUUGAAAUUGCCUGAUAAGCGACGGAAUGGGUUGAGCGGUGCUGCAAAGUUGGGAUUGGCUGAUGUGCUGUGUAACGGUCUAGGGAGGAUUACUUUGGCAGAUGGCAUGAUCAGGACAGUUUGCAGGGAUAAAGAAAAUAAAGAAAUGUCCACACUUAUAAUCGAAGGAGGUCGUCUUUGCAAGGAAGUCUCUAAAGAAUUUUUCAAAUCCAUGAAAGGGCUCAAAGUCCUGGCCAUUUUGAACCCCAUGUUUGAAUAUCUUCCCACAGGGUUGACCGAAUUGGAAGAUCUGCAGGUGCUCGUUCUGAGAGGCUGUCAGCAUCUGAAGGAAGUGGGUGAGAUUUGUAACCUAACCAAAUUAUCAGUUCUCGAAAUAUCAGGUGCCUCUUUGUUGCUCCAUAUUGAUAAAGAUUUUUUUAAGGGCAUGGCAAACCUUAAAACCAUCAACCUCUCAGGGCUCAACACUAAAUCUGUGCCUGAUUCUCUUUUCGAUCGGGAUGAAGUACGCUUCCUCAUCCUCAGAGAAUGCCUAGCAUUUCAUGAACUUCCGAGCUUGAGGAACAUGAAGAAGCUGGAGAUGGUUGACCUGUGUGGGUCUGCCUCGUUUGAAAGACUUUCAGAUGGGAACAUUAAUAACCUUACAGACCUGAAGACCUUAAAUGUUUCUGGAACAAAAGUUAGAAACUUGCCAAUAUUGGGCAAACUUGCAGGCCUCACUCGGAUUCUGUUGAGUAACUGCCCAUUGUUGACGAUGAUCCGUUCUUUGGGUGGAAUGACUAACCUUGAAGUGCUUGAUAUUUCUGGUUCGAUGAGCAUAAAGGAUCUCAACAGUGCUCAACUGCUGAAUAAGCCUCGCUUCAGGAUCCUUGAUCUUUCGAGGACUGGUAUAAACUCUUUGCCUUCAAGCAUCAGCAACCUGUCCCACUUUCAUCUAAGCGGCUGUUCUGAGCUUGAAAAAUUUCCGUCCACGAAGGCAUUCCAUAACCUAGUGUCCCUGGACCUUUCCGGUGCUGUUAAAUUGGUUGAGAUAGGAGAUAAAUCAUUUGCGCAUCUCAAAGUCCUGCGCCAUCUCAACCUUUCAGAGACUGAGAUUGCACAACUUCCUUCACUAUCUGACCUUGUGGAACUUCGUGAGCUCUUGCUAAAGGGCUGCAAAAAACUGACUCAGCUGCGCGGCCUGUCCCCACUGGAGAAGCUGGAGGUCCUUGAUCUUUCUGGCUGCUGUGAUCUGAUAAUCGGUCCAGAGGAAUCCUUCAGCCGCAUGUCUCGCCUAAAGAAGCUUGAUCUCUCUGGAACCAAAAUUGAAUCCCUGCCCCUAGAUUGUUUCCCGAGCAACCUCCGUCACCUCAGUCUCAGAGAUUGCAACAUCUUGAAGCAACUACCCUCUCUGGAAUCUCUGUCAAAACUGGAGCGGCUCAAUCUAUGUGGUGCAGAAUCGUUGCCCAAAUUUAAGGCUGAUUUCUUGCAUCAUAUGGUGAAACUUCAGAUCCUCAACUUAUCCAAAACUCAUCUGGAUGAGUUACCAUCUCUUUCCCACCUCACAGAUCUCACAGAGCUUUCUCUGAGUGGCUGUUGCUGUGUGCCAACGGGUUUAGAAGUGCUUACAGAACUCAAGGUUCUCGAUUUGUCGGGAACAGAAGUUCAGUCCUUACCACUUGAAAAUUACAGCAAGCUGCACAAGCUUGUGCUGAGCAACUGUUCAGAGUUGGAUACUUCAAUGAAUUUCGGGUCUCUUUCUCAUUUAGAGGUUCUGGAUCUUUCAGGGACGAAAAUGACUCAUUUCCCGUAUGAAGUUGAGCACCUUCCUUAUCUUAGGGAGCUUCAUCUUCUAAAUGUGAAGCAAAUGCAAGUUGACUGGUCAAGGGUAAAAUACUUACCUGCGGAUCUCAAGUUGGAUACUUGCGAGCCUUCUCAAGGAAGUAGUACUGAAAUCACUGCUGCUCCAACUACAGAGAGUCAAGGCCCAUCAAUAUUAGUCCGCGGCACUGGAUUUUUCCGUUUCUUGGAGGGAAAUUUAGGGCUUUGGGAUACGUGCUUCAAAGAAUUUCAUUUAUCUGUCUGGCUUAAUAAUGACGGCAGAGAUGAAAUUAUGAAAGUGCCUGGGGACAUAAGUGUAUUUAAAUAUCUAAACCCCAGAGGAAGAUUUCCUGAUUCCAGGAAUUGCUCUCUAUUGGAGAUCCACGGAUCCGGUGAUUUUUGCAGUGAACUGAAGAAAGCUGUGGGCCGAGCUCUCUAUGUAUGUGUGGUUGACAAUGAAAAAUUUAAACGUUUAUCUGAUUUGGGCAAAGAGAAUGUGAGUUUGGUGGAGAGGUGUUGGUUUGAGAGAUGCCCGAAUUUGCGUAGCAUCUUCGCCAUAAAAGAAGACAUCGAAAUCGGGGAACAGCUGAAGUGUCUAUAUCUUUGUAAUCUUCCUUCUCUAGAACGGCUACAUGAUGUGAAAUUGCAGUCUGGAAUCUUCUCGAAUCUUAAGAAGCUGCGUCUUGACUGCUGCCCCAAGCUUGUGAGUUUAUGUGAUAAAUCUGCUAAAUACGAGAUGCCUAUGAUGCAGACCUUGGAGCUACUUGAUCUGCCUUCGCUGAGCAGGAUUGGUGUUGAAAUGCCUUCUUUGGAGACACUGAAGGUGAGAGCAUGUGUGAAACUGGAAGAGUUGGAGUGGAACUGUUUCAUGAAUCUUAAGAAGCUGCACCUCGAUUGUUGCCCGAAGCUGGUUUAUAUAUUUUACCCAGCAAAGCUCCCCGAAAAUCUCGAAACUCUCAAAGUCCAACUUUGCAAUAAGCUGGAGACUGUUUUCAAGGGUGAUGAAUCUGGGGAGUACGAGAUGCCUCAGAUCCAGACCUUGGAACUGCUUUAUCUGCCUGCACUGAAGAGGAUUGGUGUUGAAAUGCCCUCCUUGGAGACACUGAAGGUGAGAGCAUGCGAGAAUCUGCAUGAUUUGGAAUUGAACCGCUUCCCGAAUCUGAAGACUAAGGAAAUUGAUCUCGUGUCCCCAUCUUGAGAAUAGCUCCUCUUCGCCCCAGUUGCUGGCAAAGUAGGAGAACUGUGACACCGAGUUUUACCGACAGAUUGAUGACUACAUUUAAUGGUGGCUGAUUCGGAAGGUAUCUCUUGUCCAGCUAAGCUUUAUUGUGUCUGUAAAAGUUGGUGGUGGAUCAUUGUUGAAGAGGUGGCCUGGGAGUUUCAGUUGAGGUCGGUAUGGGAUCUGGGCAUUCUUGAUGUAUUGCUGUUUAUUCAGUUUGUGUGUGUGUAAUCCUAAGUCGAAAGCCUCUGAAAAAGCUUGUGUUCUUGCUUGAAUUCUUCAACAUGUAUAAGACUUGCUUGUGUUGUGAUAAUGAAUCUGAUGCUUUAUCAUGGCUUUGCCAUACGGCUAUGCUGUUCCCUACGUUAUGCUC